AUGCACUGCAUUUUGGAAUGGAUCAAGCAAGAGGCUGCUAAAGGCCAGUGCCCCAUGUGCCGCCAGAGAGCGCCCGGAAAGGGUCGCAUAGCUGAGUCGUCCACUGCCAAAGCAGAUGCCCGUGCAUACUGCCCCAGCGAGCACCCCGCCAUGACAUCUCGUGACCCGCAGCAGCCCUCCCUCUCGGCCUCCCCACGGCCCGGGUCGGCCUCGCCGCCCCAAAAGCAGCAGCCGCCCUCCGCCCAGGCAGAAACGCAACCCGUCGGCGAACACCUGCACGACGACGACGACGACGACGAUGACGACGACAACGAGGCGGCGGGCGCGGGCGAACCCGAACACACCCUGCCCCCGCUCUUCACCUUGAUACACAACGCCACGUCCAAGACGACGCACCACCCGCACGUGCACUACAUCUUUGCGGACGAUGACCCAGACAUCCUCACGCGGGCCCUAUCAGCCGCCGACCCCGCCUCGGCGGAUUCCGAGCCCGGCCGCUCCGUACUAGUAGACUUGGAAAAGGGAGCCGACGGCUCCUGGACCGUGGCCAACGCCGCGAGCCUCAGCUCCGACUGGGCCGUCAUUGAGGGCGUGGAUGGCGUCGAGGGCGGGUUGGAGCUUUCCGAAGAAGGAAGCGGGGCCAAGACUGACGUGAAAGAGGACUAUAAUGCACUUAUCGAGGAGUUUGAAAGACAGAUGGUUGUCAUGCGGAGGGUUGUGGAGUCUGGCCAGUCAAAGAAGAAGCCGACCGAUACCGAUGAUAGGCUCACAGGCCUAGAAGAGGCCGACGAGAAGGCUGAAUCGGGAACGAAAGUGGGCGAUUGA